AUGGCGGAAUAUGUGUCGGGGAUGAAGGCGCUUGAUGAAGCCGUGGAGAAAUUCAACAUGGAUGUAGCAACGGUGCCCGAGAUGAAAGAAUUGAGGUUAAUUCAGCGGUUGCAAGAAGCCCAUGACCGCAUGAGGAAUCAACAUGAACUGAUAAUGGCAUCAGCUCCAGCUGCAAGGGUGAGAAGGUCUGCAUUGCCGUUCGUCGGUGGUCUGUUUCGUUCUCUAUUUGGUUUAAUGGACGAGGAGCACGCUGAAGAGUUAGUGAAGAGGAUCACUAAGGUUGAAGAAAACCAGGAUUCCUUGGUAGAGUUGCUAAAUAACCAGACAUCUCUCCAGGACAUUACCGCACAAGUAAUCAAAGAACAAAACAAAGCGGUAUUUAAAAGCAUUGCCAAUCUAAGCGAUGCCUUAGGCGUGGUGCAGUCUGAGAUUAACGCAAUGAAAGAUCGAGGCGCGAUGACGUUAAAGAGUUCAGAGCUUCUUGCUACAGUACAAGAGGCGGAAGUAGUCCAAAGAGAUUUAAUUGGCGCAAUGGUCAACAUUCGGGGUAGCUUCCUUCACGAAAUUCUUCCCGUGAAGGUCUUCAAGAAGCAGAUCCAGAUGAUAAAUGCUGCAGUGGCAAAAAGAUUGCAUCUACCAGCAGAAUCUCCGAUAGAACUCGCCAAGAUUGCUGAGGUAACGACCCGAACAACGGAAGAAUAUAUGUUAUUUAACAUUCGCAUACCUCUGAUUAAUACUGACCUGUUUGCUGCUUAUGCAAUCCAGUCUUAUCCAAUCAAACAGGAUGGAUUGUCAGUACAGUUCAAAGCAAAAAGCGAGUAUCUUCUGAUAGAUGAGGGAAAGACGUCAUUCUACACCCUCAAGGAAGAUGAAUUUACUAGAUGUCAGAAAAUGGAGAAACUAUUGAUAUGCCAGCAGACGCACCCCAUUUACAACACUAGAGAACCGGCUGACUGUGAAGUAAGGCUGUACUUGAAACCUAAUACGAUACCAGAUAGUUGCGAAUUCGCCAUUUCAAAAUUCCGCAACGUCUGGAAGCAACUUCACACACCGAAUACAUGGGUAUUUUCGGUUAAAAAAGGUACUGUCACUGAAGUCAAAUGUGAUGGUAAACGUCAAAACGUCAGAAUCCGAGAUCAAGGAAUAUUACGCAUGCAGCCGGGUUGUACGCUAGAAACUGAAGAGAUGAAGUUAUGGGCGCACGAGAACUACAACAGCGAGAUAAGCUACAAAUUCCCGCAAUUCAACAUUUCCGCAUCCCUGCCACCUCUCACCCAUCUAAGUCUGAAGAACGAAGUCGAAGUCUACAAGUUGCCAGAUAUCCCAAUGUAA